AUGACAAACGUCGGGGGAAUCGAGGAUGUGAGUUAUCCUUUCGUUUGGUUCUGAGUCUUGGCUGGUUGAUUGGAUACCUUGCUGGCUAGCUAGAUCCCCUGCCUCCCCUCCGCUCCCCCAUAUUCUCACUGCUGCAUCGCUUUCGUGUCCCCUUCCCCGAGGAGAUUAGAGAGGAGAAGAUUAUUCCCUUCUGACAAACAUGCCAUCGCACAGGAAGAUUCCGCUUCUGCGAAACGCGUGAUGAUUGCUGGAGCCUUUGCUGGUCUUGUAUCACGGUAUUCCUUUCUCUCCCCUCGAAUAAACCGGCCCUGACUCCCCGACCUCCAGGUUCGUCAUAGCCCCCCUAGACGUUAUAAAGAUUCGCCUCCAACUCCAACCAAUCCCAACCUUCACCCCAACCACCGCCUCCUCCACCCCCGCGUCGGCGCCGCCGCCACUACCCCUCUACCGCGGUUCCCUACCCACCCUCCUCCGCAUCCUCCGGGAGGAAACAAUAACCGGUCUGUGGAAGGGCAACAUCCCAGCAGAACUCCUCUACGUAACCUACGGUGCCGCCCAAUUCCUCACAUAUCGGCACCUGACCUCAACGCUCGACUCGCCCUUCUACGCCCUUCCCCCGUCGCUCAAACACUUCAUCUCCGGCGGCCUCGCCGGUGCCGCCGCGACCACACUCUCAUAUCCCUUCGACCUCCUGCGCACACGCUUCGCCGCCCAGGCCAACGGUGACCGCAGAAUCUACACCUCCAUCCUCCACUCCAUCCACUCCAUCCGCCGGAGCGAGGGUUACGCCGGCUUCUUCCGCGGCUGGGGCGCCGGGGUGGCGCAAAUUGUGCCGUAUAUGGGGCUCGUGUUCAUGACGCACGAGGCGACCAAGAAGGCCCUCCGCGACAAGCUCGGUUCGAACUCUAAAACCCUGGACGCGGUCUCGGGAGGGCUCUCCGGAGUCAUCGCGAAGACGGGUACGUUUCCGCUGGACCUUAUCAGGAAGCGACUGCAGGUUCAGGGUCCCACGAGGACUAGAUAUGUCCUUGGCGACCGGUUACCCGUUUACACGGGGGUUUGGAGGACAGCCGGGGACGUUAUCAGGGCUGAGGGCGUACGGGGAUUGUACAGAGGACUCGUGGUCUCGCUGGUGAAGGCGGCGCCGUUGUCCGCGGUCACGAUGUGGAGUUUUGAGGUUGGCAUGGAGGUGUUGAAGGGGUUAGAUGAACGCGAGGGCUAG